AUGUCUGCCGCCACAGCUCCUGCAGAGACGUUUGCAUCUGGUCGCUACUCAAAGCGCAAGAGGACGCAAGUCUCAUACCAUCUUGACGACCUAGAAUACUCAGAUACGGAAUCUGAUUUUGAGAGCCCUCAAGCAAAGAAGCCCAAAGCUCGAACAACCAAAACACUUCCAAAGCGCAAGACCUUCCCCUUCCUGGACCUUCCUGCAGAGAUUCGGAACACAAUCUAUAACUAUGCGCUCUGCGAUCCAUCUGGCAUUAACUUUAUCAGCGCCUGCUACAAAAAGCGCCGUGUCGCCGCCCGCGUGUCAGCAGAAUACAUGUCAAAAAUCAGCAGAUACUACAACACAACCUCCAAACGCGCUACCGGAGAUAACAUCGAUGCCAAUGGAGACUAUGUUCCUCUCGUUCCAUCACUACUCGCAGUGAACAAGCAAAUCUACCACGAGGGCAUCGACAUCUUGUACGGCAACCAACUCACCUUCGUCGACAGCCUCGCCCUCUACAGCUUUCUCAUCAACCUUGGCCCUGUACGUGCUCAGCGCCUCAGGAAGCUCCAGAUCCUAGGCUGGCACCACAGCCGCGCAAUGAAAGUCUACAACAACGCGUGCUUUGCCGCCCUCGCCUGGGCCACCAAUCUCACCUCGUUUGACAUCCGAGCGCCAAUUGGCAGCUACCGUGCCAUGCACGAUGGAGCAGACCAAUUCUACCGCGAUGCAUUUCCCUGGUUGGAAGCUGUUGGCGCGGCAAAAGGCAAGCCCGAUGCAGCUCUCGAUGUUCUGACGCUGGGCGAGAUGUGUCUGUCGGGUCCCUGGAGCUCACGCAGCUCGGACGAUUCAGUGCCUGAGCAUGAGCAGAGGGUCGAGCAGUUCAAAGCUGAAGUUGCAAAGUUGCUGGGCGCGCACCGGGAUAGGAUUCUGGCUGAGCCAAAUAAGAAGACGGCGAAGAAGGUGAAAUCUUGA